AUGAUGGCACCCAUCCACACGCUCCACAACGAACUGGUAUACACCAUUUUCUCAUUUCUUGUCAUCGACGAUCCUCCGCAUCGUAUUGCACGUAUCGGCGGUAGCAAAUACGAUCUUGGCUGGAUCAAGGCGACACAUGUCUGUCGUCCAUGGCGCCAGAUUGCACUGGACGCCUCGGUUCUUUGGAGUGAUAUUGUAUUCUGUCUCGGGCCCAUUUGGGCCACCCAGAUGAUGGAGAGGGCGAGGUCAACACUUCUUACAAUCGCAUGGGACUCAUCAAAACUCUUCGCCAAAGACCUUGUAUCCACUAUCAUAUCCGACCACGCGUCUCAUGUUCAACGACUCCACAUUAAUUGCACCGAUGACUGGCGGGUAAUCCAGGACAUGGUCGACUCCUUCGAUAAACCAACCGCACUGUUGCAGGAGUUCAGACUGACUUUUGAGCUGGGAUUAUAUCCGCGCCACCCGAUCAACUUACCUCUUCACUUCCUGUCUGAGGCGCCGAACCUCCGGAUCCUCGAGCUGCAAUAUUGCUUUGUGCCUUGGGCACGGACAUCGCUGUUCCGAGGCCUCUCAGUCCUCAAGAUCACACAUUAUUCAAGCGAUCUGUUAUCAUCGGUUUCUACUUCUCCCACAGCAUCACCUGCUGGCACCCUUCGUCCCACCGCUGCAGAAUUCCUAGCCAUCCUCCAAGAGAUUCCGUCACUGCGUAUACUCGAGAUCAGCGACGCCCUACCUGCUUUUACUGCCCACGCAGUCGCCCUGAGACCUCAUUCCAUACAUCUUCUCCACCUCCAGUCACUUCACCUACAAGGAGACGUAUCGGAUGUGCUGGAGUUCUACCAUUCUCUGGUAAUACCCCCUUCCGCUAAGCUCGCUCUACGUUUCAGAGUGAGUCAUCACCCCCAGGAGGCGUGGAAUUCAUUCUCCCAGAUGGUUACAGAACGCCUGAGGGUCUUUAUACCUCUUUGUCCUUCAUUCAUGUCGCUAUAUCUUUUCCCUUCUCCCGAACACAUACAUUUCGAACUCGCCCCGGGUCUCUGGACUGAUGGCGGCCGCUCCGUGUUCAACACCACUCUACAAAACGUCUGUGGUGGACCUAGGGAGAUCGUCGACAUUGAAGCUCUUCAACAUUUCCUCUUCGCAAUCGAUUGGUCCACCAUCCGCUCGUUGUAUCUUAAUGACACACUCUUCAACCACGACUCAGGGCCAGUCAUGUUCAGGCGUCUUCUCGACGCGAUGCCUAACCUCGAGGCACUAGACAUCCCCGACCAAUGGGUAGCCUAUCUCCCUUCUACCCUCGCUAGAUAUGCCUUUCAGGAUGACACAUGGACAACGACGGUGGCCCUGAAGCUCAACUCCAUCAGAUUACGGCGUAUCUGCUAUGAGCCUGGCGUUGACGAGGAGACGUGGUGUGCGAGAUUUCGAGAAGUCCUCACGACGCGUGCGAAUCGAGGCGCGGUACGGUUGGAUAAACUUUGCAUCUUCGAAUGUAACAUCGGCGAGGAGACCGUCAGAUCGUUGAGGGAGGUUGUGGCCGAGGUUGAAUGGGAUGGGAAACGGGGUGAAGAAAUGUGGACAUGGCUAUAGAUCAAUCGGUAAUGAUACAACCGAUUUGCACCGCAGAGGGUACGAGAAGUG